UGCAGUCGCCGCCACCGCCGCAGCACAGCAGGCCAGCCGCAGUCGCCGCGUGCCGCCGCUGAUCAGUAGUUGCAGUGUUUUGUGUCCGGUCGUGUGACCCCCUCGCCCCGCGGGUCGUAGUGCGUGUGUGGUGUGAUUAAGUGUGUGAUUGAGCGUGUAUUUUGGCGUAACGCGGACGACGUGAUUUUGUGACAUCAUGGUGGAUACCGGCGCCUCGUUCCUGGACGUGCCGGCCCUGGCUGUCACGCUCAUCGUGGGGGCCACAGUGCUCAUCAUCGUAUACGUUUCGAGCCUGUUCCGAGCCGCCGCGCCGGAGGAGACCAAAACCGGCGCUCCAGCUAACGCGCCCCCCAAGAAGGAGAAACACGAGAAGCAGCACACCUCAGGCGACCACAAAGGCGGGAAAAAGAAACAGCAGCACGCGGAGAAAUGGAACCGUGACGCCUCGAAGCAGUUUACACACCCCUGGCUGCUCACUUCCUGGCCACAUGUUCGGACGACCAACCCUCGUCGGGCGUGGACCCUGGCGGCGGCGGCGGCGGCGUCCCGGAGGCAGUCGCCGACGCUGUCAGCACCAGCAGCAGUUCGAGUAGCAGUAGUAGCAGCAGCAGCAGCAGCAGCAGCAGCACCGGCAGCAGUAGCAGUAGCACCAGCAGCAGCGGGACCAACAGCAGUAGCGAGGCCAACAAGGAGAACGCGAGCCCGAAGCCCGCCGGCGCGCGAGAUGUGCUCGAUGCUGACGCCCACCGCCGCCGCCUUCCACCCGGCCGAGGAUCGCGCCGCCCUCAGCGAGAGCAAGGAGCGCAAGUGCGUGCGCUGCGGGCGCGGCUUCUUCGUGACGGACGACGGCGAGUACCUGACGCAGGAGCGCUGCGUGUACCACUGGGGCAAGCUGCAGGCGGCCGGGCGCGGGCGCGCCGAGUACAGCUGCUGCAAGGGGCGCCCCACGUCGCGCGGCUGCUCGGUGGCGCGCCUGCACGUGUGGGUGGGCGUGCGCGAGGGCGUGAACGGGCCCCUGGACGGCUUCGUGCGCACGCGGCCGCGCAAGAGCCUGCCGCCCGACGGCAACUUCGGCGUGUACGCGCUCGACUGCGAGAUGUGCUUCACCACGCACGGCCUGGAGCUGGCCAAGGUGACGGUGGUGGCGGCCGACGGCCGACUCGUACUGUUUUCAUUUGUGUUGUGUACUGAUGUUGUGACAAUUUUGUUGGUUCCUGCAAGUUCUGUUUAUGCUGCUGGUCAUAUUUGGAGUGAUACAGAGAAACUGACUGAUUUAAAACAUUUCUUUGCUGGAAGAUGUGUGAUACUGAUAGCAAUGAUGUGGAGUAAAGGCCAUGAAACUGCUGGGGAUGUUAUUUCCUUGGUAGCAACGGCUGUUUGUUUCCUUCUUUCUCUAUCAGGGGCACUUUUGUGUUGCAAGUGCGUAAGUUUGGGCACUGUGAUGUUCCCAGAUGGAGCUAAGGAGCAACAAGACAACCACACUGGUGGCCAUUUGAAAAACCAAACAGUGCUUUAUGAAAACAGCCUUAACAUCAAGACUACAUAUCGUUUCAACAGCCCAUUUGCAUCUGCUGAAUUUGGAUAUUCAGACUCAAUUCAUAUAGUAAGAAUUAAAAUUAUAAUUUCUGCAGCUUUUCUAAAAUUAAGGAAUAACCGGUCGUUGCUGGUAUGGAACACGCGCGACUGGACGCAGAAGGAGCACAAGAACGUGCGCGUGAACGUGGAGCUGGACCACGCGACGCUGGUGCGCUGGAGCCCCGACUCGAAGGCGAUGGUGGUGCGGCGCGCGGCCGACAACGCGCUCGAGGUGUUCCGCGUGGCGCGGCGCGCGGACGGCCUGGUGGGCGCCAUCACGCGCGCCGCCACCUUCCCCAAGCUGCACGAGGAGGCCGUGGUGGGGCUGGGCGUAGCGUGCUCGGGCCGCUUCAUGCUCACCUGCUCCGAGGGCACCGACCUGCUCAUCAGCGACAUCAAGGGCCAGCCGCUGGCGCGCGUCGACACCUACCUCAUGCACACCUACACGGCGCGCGUCUCCCCCUGCGGCCGCUUCAUCGCAGCCUCAGGUUUUGCUCCAGAUGUGAAAGUGUGGGAAGUCACGUUUUCCAAGUCAGGUGAAUUCCAGAGUGUCAACCGUGCGUUUGAGCUGUCGGGUCAUUCUUCAGGAGUGUUUGAUGUGGCCUUUAAUUCUGAUACCACCCGGAUGGCAACCGUUUCUAAAGAUGGCACGUGGAUGCUGUUUGACACCAACGUUGAAUUCAAGAAGGGUGAGGAUCCUCAUCUGCUCAUGUCUCAGAAAUAUCCUCUUCAAACUGGUUCUACUGCACAUCUGGCUUUGUCUCCUACUGCAGAUGUGAUAGUAAUAGGAGCUGGAAACCAGCUCCAUUUCUAUGUUACCCGCACUGGAGAACUGGAUCGCACCAUUAAAAAUAUAUUUUCAGUUUAUCAUGAUGCUCAUAUAUUUGCCUAA